UUUUCCUGUUUACCAAAGUUAGGACUGAGGUCUCUGUUAGGCCGGGGAUUUUCCGGGAAAAAAUAUCGCCAAAUUAUUUCAACAAUUGAUAGUCCAACAGCCAUUCUUUGGAAAGCAAAAUAUUGGCAUGGAAGGGGUAGCUGCACAGUCUGAUUCUGAUCCAGAACACAGCUGGGAGUGUAAAGCAGGCUACUAUGUCUGCUUCAAAGAUUGCUGUCAGAGAAUAAAUCAGUUCUGCAAUGAGUACACAAAGAGAUGUGAACUUUGCAGCACACGAAGCACUUAUUGCGGAAAUGAUUCUUUACCUGUGCAUUGUGAUGCAUGGUGUUUGCAACAGAAAUACUCACAUAACACAGCACCAACAGAAUGUGUGAGCCCUGUUUACUUGUGGACUACAUAUAUCCUGAUUUUCAUUACUGCUCUGCUUGGAAUUUCCAUUAUAUUUUUAAUCAACAAAAGGCUUAAAGUGUGUCAAACAAAGAAAGAUCCAAAGUGUGUUGAUAGUGAUAGUUCAACAGACUCACUUCAACUGCUCCAAGAGACGCAGCAAAAGCAAUGCAAUGAGGAGCUCGUGCUCAUAGAUCAUUCAGAUGGUGGCAAGCACACAACUGAUAGAAAAGAGGGGAUGCUGACUUUGAUAAUGCAGUGUCCAGUAACACUGAGGAAGAGGCAGUGUCUAGCAGCAACCAGUGCAUCUCAUCAAGAAACAUGGUCUUUCACAACAUCUCACCAACAACCUUCGACACUCACCCAGUAUCUAUCCAUACUGGAUUUACUUCAACUCCUAAUGCCAACUUGUACAACAAUAUCUAGACUUUUCUGAGCAGAGCAGAAAUAGAGGGGAAGAUCUCAUCUUUCCUGACUUUUUUCUUGGCUGCUAUAAAGGUUGUUGUGACUACAUGAAGAAAACUCCAGGAAGAUAUCGAUCAUUUUAAAGAGGCCAGUGAAUGUGAAAGGAAAUGACUCUUACCAGUUCCAAAAGAAACAUAUCAUACAAAAGCACUCGCGGACAAGCAAUUGACAAGAGAUGGUGUAUGUGGGGGUUUGAUUGAGAUGAGUGGGUAAGGGUGUGUGUAUGUGAAAUGAAAGGCAAGGAUGUGAAGAAGACUUUGCACUCCAUUGAAAAGAAAUAGCCUGAGCACAGUCAGUCUCAAACUGAUCUCUUCCUGAUAUACAACUGUGUGAUAAAUAUUAUCUUUUCUUUUUUAAUUUAUGAAUUGUUAAUAGUAAAAGAGCAAUUAAAUGCUAUAUUUAAAAGCUGACUCGUCUCUCAAUCAGUUACUUCCCUUAGCUAAAACUACACAACAGAAUCUUUAGUUAUUUACCACCAUGAUUCCCUUCUGGUUUAGCCACAGAAAAAAAUGAUCAUGCAAGGAAAUUUUCCAUGUUUUGCCCAGAGGUUUUAGUCUAUUUUAUAUACUCUUUUGACAAGUUUUGAAAUUUUGUGAUAGUUAAGUAUACUCUUAAUUUAAGAUUGGAUGUUAACUCCAACUACUUGCCUUAGAAAAAAUAUGACCUUUCACUUGUUACUGUGCAGUAUAGUAUCCACUCCAAAGUGUUUGCUUCCAGUCCCCCCAGCCAACAGGUGUGGUGCACAAAUAUGGAUUAUAUUAGUAGUAAUUCAGUUUGCAGUUCACCAGAUUAAUCCAGUAUCUAUCCAAUGUCAAGCGUUACAGAUUAUAAACAAAUAGGAGGAGUGUGCUUUUUUAUUCAGAACCUUAUAAUUACUGCUUGAGGAACUUGUUCUGCUCAGAUGUUAUUUUGUAUACUGGUUUUGUUAAAGUUUAUUUUAAUUUUUAUCCCCAUAUUGUGUAUUUAAAAAAAUGUUUUGUGACCUUUGUCAGGACAUUACGUUUUAUUUUAAAAGAAAACUACACAUUGAAAGUCUCAUAAAGUAUCUUUCCUAGCUACAAAUAUUUAGAACACAUUAAAAUACAAAGAUUUCUACAUUGCUUUUACUCUGAGGAAUUGUUGUUAAUUAGAAGUUAUAUAGUUUUAAAGAUUUUAGCAGUUAAUUUGGAUUAGAAAAGCUAACUUUAAAGAACUGUUAAUAUGUUGUUUAGAUUGGUCCUUUAUAAAUUUCCUAUACCUAAGAAAUCAAAAACCUUAAAAGCCAGUAUGUGCUUACAUUUGUUCAAUGACAUUUAUAUAUGCUCUUUCAUAGUUAUAUGCAUCAAUUUUAAAGUUUCAGAAUUGUUGCCUUUAUCAUGUUUGGAAAGACCAGAUUUAUAAGUAUUUUAUAAAACUACUCUUACUUUUAAGCAUGAUCCAUCGUUUUAACAUGAACAUAAUCAGGAUUAGUAAUAAAUAGCUUUGUUAUAACUACUUAGUAAUGAAUUCAUUUAGCCAUUCAGGUUGGUGAGAAAUGUUUUAAAUAAUUUGUAAACUUUGUGUGAUGCCAUAGCUUAUAUUUUCAUGCUUAACGUUCAAAGAUACGUAUACUUACUGUAUGGGGCUCAAGUUGCUAAGUCCUGUGUACAGGGCACAGUAUGCAGUCAAGGUCUUAGCUGUAGGUAUGAAUCUUCCUCCCCAUGUUAUCAGGCUGUGAAGAAUGCUUUUAGUGCUUUAGGCAUUCCCAGCCAUUCACAUAACAGAAUGAAGCAGGACACAUUGCUUUCAAGCAUUAUGCAGUGAGAAUGAUCCAGCAGUCCUGUUGUCACUGUGUUAGUAUGAUGAUAGUAUCAUGUCAUUUAUUUAGGCUGUGAAAAGCCUUAUCACACUCCUAUUAAUCAUGGUCAGUUGAGUGACAGGAACACUAUCCUGCAUUAUUCUCCACAGUACAAUGCUCCGUCUGGAAAUAAACAUUUCAGGUGAAGACUUUCAUGUAGCUUGUAUUUGAUGAAGUGACAAGAAACCACAAAUUGUAAUCAGGGAUGUUAGAUAUAUUUCAACACAGUUACUUUGGUUAUUCACUGUUGUCUUAUGAUAUUAUGUUUUGUGUAAUUUAUCGACCAUUGUAAUUUUGUGAGACCCAUCAUAUCACCGUCAUCAUCAUUAUCAUUAAUAUAUCAGUAGUAAAAGAACCAGACUCUCA